ACUGUUCAACAAUCUUACUGUUUUUCACCAUUGUUCCUUCUUGAUUACCUCAAGUAGUUGAUUAUUUUACUCCUCAAUCUUUUCCCUGCAGAACCCAUGAUCCAUCUUUGAGUUUCAUCUCGUUGUUUUCUGCUAAAAAUUACAAAGACAGGCAUGAAAUUUCCAUGGGUACACCUUGUUCUUCUGUUACAUUUGUUUUGUUUAACAAAUCGUUUGAUUUUAGCCCAAGAUUAUGAUAACCAGGCAACGCCAUCUGCCCCACCCCCAGCAGUAGAAAAAUGCAAUGGGAUUUUCUUGUCUUAUCAAUUCCUUUCAAGGACGAAAGAAUAUCCCCAUCUCAAGAAUGCAUCGGCGCAAGGAUGGGCCUUCAAAGCCACUGCAACAAUAUUGAAUACAGGCACAGUUGAACUUGAAGCAUGGGAAAUAUUUAUUGGGUUUCAACAUGGUGAGAUUUUAGUUGGUGCAGACGGAGCAGUUCUGAUGGGCAGUGAGGAUUUCCCUUCAGAUGCCAGCAAUGGGACUUAUCUCUCAGGAUCCUCAACAUCAGUUUUGAAAACAGCUAUAGACACAGCUGGAGAUCUUGACCAAAUUCAGGUGCAAAUUAAAUUGACUGGCACUCAAUUUGGUGUGAAACCCCCUAGGAUACCGAUGCCUAAAACAAUAAGACUUACAAAUCCUGGAUACAAAUGCCCAGGAUUGACGACACACAAGACAGCAAUGUGGGUCUGCUGCGUCAAGGAUAAAAAGUACAAACCAAAAGUUGUCAAAACGAAGUUCUUACCGCGACAGGAAGGAGAUCUUUCGAUUACAUAUGAUAUUACUCAAGCUUAUGAAAGUAGUUAUAUUGCCCUGGUGACAAUGGAGAAUAAUAGUCCUUUAGGACGUCUUGAUCACUGGAACUUGACUUGGGAGUGGAUGAGAGGGGAAUUCAUAUACUCAAUGAAAGGAGCUUAUACCCGUCUAGUAGACUACACGGAUUGCAUUUAUGGAGCAGCAGGACAAUACUACCAGCAAUUGGAUUUCUCCACUGUCAUGAAUUGUCAGAAGAAGCCAAUCAUCAGUGACUUGCCACGAGAGAGAGCAAAUGAUACAAAGAUAGGAAAGAUACCAAACUGCUGCAGGAAUGGUACAAUUUUGCCAAAAAUCAUGGAUCCAAGCCAAUCAAAAUCAGCCUUUCAAUUGCAAGUGUAUAAAUUGCCACCGGAUAUGAAUCGAACAGCUCUUUAUCCUCCUCAGAAAUGGAAAAUCGUUGGGGUUCUAAAUCCUGAGUAUAAAUGUGCAGCUCCAAUUAGAGUUAGUCCAACAGAAUUUCCUGACCCUGGUGGGCUUCAGUUUUCUACUCUUGCAAUUGCAACUUGGCAAAUAGUUUGUAACAUCACAAAGCGAAAAGCAGGGACUUCAAGGUGCUGUGUUUCCUUCUCUGCUUACUACAAUGAAUCUGUUAUACCCUGUAAUACAUGUGCUUGUGGUUGUGAGGACACAUCAAAUUGCAAAGAAAAUGCUCCAUCAAUGCUUCUACCAUCAGAAGCACUUCUAGUGCCCUUUGCAAACAGGUCAACGAAGGCCAUAGCUUGGGCGAAACUAAAGCAUUUUCGCAUACCCAAGCCCUUGCCUUGCGCUGACAAUUGUGGGGUAAGCAUAAAUUGGCACAUCAAUACAGACUACAAGACUGGAUGGUCAGCAAGAAUCACUCUAUUCAACUGGCAAAAAAUUAAUUUCGAGAAUUGGUUCACCGCGAUUCAACUGAAGAAAACUUCUAGUGGUUACGAAAAAGCCUACUCCUUCAACGGAACUCUUCUUCGAAACCACAACAACACAAUCUUCUUACAAGGCUUAAUAGGGUUGAAUUACUUGAUGGGAGAAACAAAUGGAACGAAUCCAAAUAGUGAUCCCAGGGUUCCUGGAAAGCAACAAACUGUCAUUUCUUUUACAAAGAAGUUUAACCGUAGGAUCAACAUAGUUAAAGGAGAUGGAUUUCCUUCAAAGAUCUUGUUUAAUGGAGAGGAGUGCUCGCUUCCUACAAGAAUUCCUAUAGCAAAUGGAAACCACUGUCAUGUAAAUAUUUUACAAGUAGCUUUUCCUGCAUUUGUUGCCUUUGUACUAAUGGGAUUGAAAAAUCAACAUUGA